UUUCUGUUGAAAACCUCGACUGCAUGAAAUUUGGCCUUCUCUGCUAAUCUGCUCAACGCUGCUUAAAUUUUUAUUUGUAUUCCGACUAGGUUUUAUACAGGUGCCGGAGAAUCGAAAAUGUGGAAACUGAAAAUCGCCGAGGGAGGGAAUCCAUGGCUGAGGACCGUGAACAAUCACGUGGGGAGACAGACUUGGGAGUUCGAUCCCGACGUUGAAUCGCCGGAGGAGUUGAUGGAGAUCGAGAAAGCUCGCCUCAACUUCACCAGCAAUCGAUUGAAAAAGAAGCACAGCUCAGAUCUGCUUAUGCGGUUCCAGUUUUCCAAGAAAAACCCAGUAUCUGAGGUUUUGCCUCAGGUAAAAAUUGAGGAAUCAGAAAAUGUAACGGAAGGGAUGGUCACAAAUACGUUACGAAGAGCUAUAAAUUUUCAUUCAUCUCUCCAGGCCCAUGAUGGGCAUUGGCCAGGUGAUUAUGGAGGUCCCAUGUUUCUUAUGCCUGGCUUGGUAAUUACUCUGUCUAUUACUGGGGCAUUGAAUGCAGUCUUAUCAGAAGAACAUAAGAAGGAGAUGAUUCGCUACCUCUACAAUCAUCAGAAUGAAGAUGGUGGAUGGGGCUUACACAUUGAGGGCCCAAGUACAAUGUUUGGUUCUGCCUUGACUUAUGUCACUUUAAGAUUGCUUGGUGAAAGACCUAAUGAUGGGCAGGGAGCAAUGGAGAAAGGACGAGAUUGGAUUUUGAACCAUGGUGGUACUACUGAAAUAACAUCAUGGGGGAAAAUGUGGCUUUCAGUGCUUGGAGCCUUUGAAUGGUCUGGAAAUAAUCCCUUGCCCCCUGAGAUAUGGCUUCUCCCUUAUAUGCUCCCAUUUCAUCCAGGAAGGAUGUGGUGUCACUGCCGGAUGGUCUAUUUGCCUAUGUCUUAUUUAUAUGGAAAGAGGUUUGUUGGCCCUAUAACACCAACAGUUUUGGCUUUGAGGAAGGAGCUUUAUACCAUUCCAUACCAUGAAAUAGAAUGGAAUCGAGCACGAAAUGCAUGUGCAAAGGAAGAUUUGUACUAUCCUCACCCAUUUGUGCAGGAUAUUCUUUGGGGAUCACUUCACAAGAUUGUUGAACCUAUCCUAAUGUGUUGGCCUGGAAAGAAGUUGAGAGAAAAGGCCCUUCAAACUGCAAUAGAGCACAUACACUAUGAAGAUGAGAAUACUCGUUACAUCUGCAUUGGGCCUGUAAAUAAGGUUUUAAACAUGCUUUGCUGUUGGGUGGAAGACCCAAAUUCAGAGGCGUUCAAGUUGCAUCUUCCAAGACUUUAUGAUUAUCUAUGGGUUGCUGAAGAUGGCAUGAAAAUGCAGGGUUACAAUGGAAGUCAACUAUGGGACACUGCCUUUGCUGUUCAAGCAAUUAUUUCAACCAACCUUACUGAAGAGUACAGUUCGACUUUGAGGAAAGCGAACAUGUACUUAAGGAACACACAGGUUCAAGAAGAUUGCCCUGGGGAUCUUAACUUUUGGUAUCGUCACAUUUCCAAAGGUGCUUGGCCUUUUUCAACUGCAGAUCAUGGAUGGCCCAUUUCAGAUUGUACUGCUGAGGGAUUAAAAGUUGUUCUUUUGUUAUCAAAAAUAUCCCCAGAGAUUGUUGGAGAUCCAUUAGAAGCAAAUCGGCUAUAUGAUGCAGUAAAUGUUAUCCUUUCACUUCAGAAUGGAGAUGGUGGCUUUGCAACAUAUGAGCUCACAAGAUCAUACCCAUGGUUGGAGCUGAUCAAUCCUGCAGAAACUUUUGGUGAUAUUGUUAUUGACUAUCCUUAUGUGGAAUGUACGUCUGCCGCAAUUCAAGCUUUGACAGCUUUUAGAAAGUCACACCCUGGGCAUCGUCGACAUAAAAUAGACCAGUGUAUCCAAGAGGCAACCAAGUACAUCGAAAAUAUACAAGCCUCGGAUGGUUCAUGGUACGGCUCAUGGGGUGUUUGCUUCACAUACGGUACAUGGUUUGGGGUGAAAGGACUGGCGGCUGCUGGAAAGAACUUCAAUAACUCGUCUAGCAUCAGGAAGGCCUGCGAUUUUCUGCUGUCCAAACAGCUUCCCUCAGGUGGCUGGGGAGAAAGUUACCUUUCUUGUCAGAACAAGGUUUACUCAAAUAUCGAGGGCAAUAAACCGCAUAUGGUAAACACUGGCUGGGCUAUACUGGCUCUAAUCGAUGCUGGGCAGGCCGAGAGAGAUCCAACGCCACUGCACAAAGGAGCUAGAUAUUUGAUAAAUUCUCAAAUGGAGAAUGGGGAUUUCCCACAACAGGAAAUCAUGGGAGUGUUCAACCGGAAUUGCAUGAUCAGUUAUUCCGCGUAUCGCAACACUUUUCCUAUAUGGGCAUUAGGCGAAUAUCGUACUCGAGUAUUGCAGCCGGAACUGAAGACAUCGUAGAGCAAUGGUAAUUAAUUACCAUGUUAACUGAUACUUCUUUUUAGUUCGUGGAGAGGUCAUUAGCGAAAUCCCUUGGGUGAACACAUAAGUACGCCAAU